AAAAAAACUCGUUACCGGAGUGGAAACCAACUAAUCACCUUCCUUCCUUCUUCUUCGUUGACACUGUCCAACGCCCCUCGCUGACAAACCAUUCUUACCAGCCAAAAUUCGUCGUCAUCAAUCCAUCAACAAAGAGAGAGAGAGAGAAAAAAAAAGGAGGGUUUUGUAACAGAUUUCCGUUUGCCCAAUUCUCUUCCUCUUCCCAAAAAUCCUUUUUCCCCUCUCCCUCCUCACCAGUGAUUUCCCUUCUCCAGCCCAUGGCUGACAGGAUUCAGCCAUGGCUUCUCCUUCUCUUCUUUCUGCCUAUAUGUUCCUCUCAGUCCUUCAAUCCACAGAAUCUCGAAGCUUUCUACCCUUUCUUCGACCUGUCGCCCGCCCCGGCGCCCGCUCCCUUCCCUCCCACGACCCCACUCCAGCCACAGCCGGCGGGGCCUUCCCCUGUUUCUCCCGCGGGCUCCUCGGACGGCGGAAAUAACAAUGUUGUGAAGGCGGUGGCGGCGACGGCCGCCAGUACUUUCGUUGUCGCCACGCUGCUCUUCUUUUUCGUCACCAGGUAUGUCAUGGCUCGGCGGCGGAAGAAGGAUGGAAACCAGGUCGCUGUUGUGGGUGGGGGCGGUGGGGACGGCGGUGGGGAUCGGCUGCAGCAGCCGGUGGUGGGGAAGUUUGUGAGGAGCGGUGGGAAUGUGAAGGGGCUGAUUGUCGACGAGAACGGGCUGGAUGUGGUGUAUUGGAGGAAGCUGGAAGGGCAGAGCAAGAAGAAUGGGUACCAGAAGAAGGUUUUCCAGUCGCCGCCGGAGGAUGAAGGCGCGGCGGAGCACGACGAGAUUGAAGACGAGAGCACCAGCAGGAACGAGAUCCCUCUCCUCCGCGGGAAAUCAUCGACCUCCCAAUUCUCGAUUCCGUCGGAAAAGAGAAUCCCUUACGGUGGCGCGUCUUUUGCUGCUGGUGGUGGCAGUGAGAUUGCGUUGGUGUCAGCCGCCGUAGAGAAACCUAAACCCACUCCACAAUUCAGUACUCCGCCUCCCCCACCACCGGCCGCUCCCCCGAUGCCGCCGCCCCGACUGCCAGCGGCCCCGCCGCCUCCUCCGCCACCGCUUCAAAACAAGGCUCUAGCGCCGCCGCCUCCUGCUCCUCCGAGGAAACCAAACGCUCCGCCGCCGCCGCCUCCGGGCAAGGCCGGUUCUGCAUCUAGACAGACGGCGAACGAAGGCAGCGAAAAAUCAGGCGAGCCCUCCGGGAGCGGCGCUCAAGUGAAAUUGAAACCGUUGCAUUGGGAUAAAGUGAACAAAAACAAUGCCGACCAUUCAAUGGUGUGGGACAAACUCCACGGCGGUUCUUUCCGAGUGGAUGGUGAUCUAAUGGAAGCGCUGUUCGGGUACGUAGCCACGAACAGGAAAUCCCCAACUAGGGAAGGCGGCGGCAGCAGCCAUUCGAACAACCCAAACCAGAACCAAAACCUCGCCGCCAGCCCAAGAUCGCAGAUCGUAAUUCUCGACCCGAGGAAGUCUCAGAACAUCGCCAUUGUACUCAAAUCCAUAUCCAUUUCUCGCAAGGAGCUUCUGGAGGCGCUGACGGACGGCCACGGCCUGGACGCGGAUCUGCUCGAGAAGCUCACCAGAAUCGCACCGACGAAAGAGGAAGAAACCCAGAUCCUGGAAUUCACCGGAGACCCGACCCGGCUCGCAGACGCCGAGUCCUUCCUCUACCAUCUCCUCAGGGCGAUCCCCUCCGCAUUUACCCGCGUAAGCGCCAUGCUUUUCAGGGUGAAUUACGCUUCGGAGAUUGCCCAGUUCAGGGAGUCGCUCCGCACUCUGGAUAUGGGAUGCAAGGAGCUCAGAAACAGGGGAUUGUUCGUGAAGCUUCUGGAGGCGAUUCUGAAAGCCGGGAAUCGGAUGAAUGCCGGAACAUCCAGAGGGAACGCCAAAGCUUUCAAGCUGAGCUCGCUCACCAAGCUCUCCGACGUCAAGAGCACGGACGGGAAGACGACUCUGCUUCACUUCGUGGUGGAGGAAGUGGUGAGGGCAGAGGGGAAACGCUGCGCUCUGAACCGGAACCGGAGCUUGAACCGGAACAGCAGCAGAAACAGCAGCAUCAGAGGCGGCGGAGGCGGAGGCGGAGGAGGAGAAGCUUCCGACGUUGGUGGUGGUUCGAGGGACGACAGGGAGAAGGAAUACACAAUGCUGGGAUUGCCAGUUGUGGGUGGGCUGAGCGCCGAAUUCAGCAACGUGAAGAAAGCAGCUCAAAUCGACUACGACACAUUGGCCGCCACUUGCUCCUCGAUUACAUCCCGAGCUGCGGAAGUGAAGCAGUGCUUGGUUCAGUGCGCCAUUAGCGGGGAAGGCGGAGGGUUCUCGAAGGAGAUGAAAGGGUUUCUGGAAUCGGCGGAGAAGGAGGUGAGAGCGUUGAGGGAAGAACAGAGGGAGGUAAUGGAGCUCGUGAAGAGAACGACGGAGUACUAUCAAGCGGGAGCUUCGAAUGAUCAAGCUGCCCGUCCGCUUCAGCUGUUUGUCAUAAUCAGAGAUUUCCUGGGGAUGGUGGAUCAGGUCUGUGUGGAGAUAGCUAGGAGUCUCCAGAGGAGGAGGAAACUGUCCAGUUCUUCUAGUGGGUCGUCGCCGAAAUCGCCCGCGGCGGCGCCGGUGAGGUUCGCGAACUUGCCUGAACAUUUCAUGAAGGAAAGGUCUCCCAGCAGCAGCAGUUCUAAUGAAUCGGAUGCUGAAUUCUGAAGGUAAAUCGAAUCCAACUGUGAAUUGGAGUAGGGGGUGGGGGGAAUGUACAUAUUCUGUGUAUUCAGAGUUCAUCAAACAAACACAAAAUUUCCCUUUUUUUUUGUUUUUGUUUUUGUUUUUUUGGUCUUUUAACUGAUUUUUGAAUUCGUUACAUUGAUAGGUCGAACUUGUAGAUUUGAUUGAGUUCUUCUUUCUUUUCUUCAUUCAAGUAAAGCAUA